UUGUAUCCGUAUUUAAAGGCGCCAACAAAGACUAAUUCAGGAACAGCUUCACAAACCUGCCAUCUGUACUCACAUCAUCCAACAGCACACUACAGCUUAUUUUAUUUAACGCAAUAAAAUGCCCGAGGAAACAGCAGCUGCUUCAACUGCCGAAAGCAUGGAGGAAAAACCUUGCUCGUCAAGCGCUGCAGACAGCUCCGUCGAUGUUUCCGAGGAAGCUAAGAAGCUCAUUGGCACAGGCAACCGGCACUUGGUGAUGGGUGAUGUUGUGUCUGCAGUCAGUGUGUUCCAAGAGGCUUGUGCCAUGCUAGCUGAAAAGUAUGGAGACACGGCUGAUGAAUGUGGUGAAGCUUUUUUCUUGUGUGGAAAAGCCCUUCUGGAGCUUGCCAGGAUGGAGAAUACUGUACUUGGUAAUGCUUUAGAGGGAGUCCCAGAAGAAUCCUCUGAGGAGGGCGAGAAACAGAAUGACUCUAAGAUUGAAAGUGCAGACAACUUGGAUGAGAAAACCAGAGAUGAGCUUCGAGCACAGGUUUAUGAUGCCAUGUCAGAGGACAAAAAUCAGUCAGAGGUAGAAAAAGAGGAGGGGGAAGGCAAGCAGAACCAAGAGGAAUUUAAGGAGAAGCAGGAGAUGGUUGAAGCACCAAAAGAAGGGGAUGCAGCAUCAAUUAAAACUGAGAAACCAACUGAAGACGAGGCGCAACCUACUGAAAAUGAGGCAAAACCUGCUCAAGAUGAGGAGAAACCAGCUGAAGACGAGGCAAAACCUGCUGAAAAUGAGAAACCUACUGAAAAAGAGAUUGAGAAAUCAGGCGUGGAUGAAAGUGCUACUAAAAAGGAAGAGGUCACAGUGUCAAAUGGAGUAACUGAAAAGGUUGAGGAGAAAAAUGGAAAUGAAGAGAAUGAAGAACCCAUGGAAGAGGAUGGAGAAGAUGACGACGAAGAUGAUGAUGAGGAGGAGGAUGAUGAUGACGAAAAUACAGAGGGUGAAACAAAAGAUAAGGAAAGUGAGGAGGAUGAAGUUGGAAACCUGCAGUUGGCCUGGGAGAUGCUUGAGGUUGCAAAGGUGAUUUACAAAAGAAAAGACAGCAAAGAAGAUCAGUUAAUGGCGGCACAGAUUUACCUAAAACUUGGAGAAGUUGGAGCUGAAUCAGGUAACUACAGCCAGGCCCUGGAGGACUUCAAUGAGUGUUUAACCUUGCAGCUGAAACACCUUCCCUCUCAUAGUCGUCUUCUGGCUGAGACUCAUUACCAGUUGGGCACAACUUACAGCUACACAGCCCAAUACAGCCAAGCCAUUGAGCACUUCUCCAACUCCAUCAAAGUCAUUGAGAGCCGUCUUGCUAUGCUUCAGGAGGUAAUAGACAAGGCAGAAGGUGCAGAGGCAGCAAAGGAGGAGAAGAACGAGCUUGAUGAGUUGAAACAGUUACUGCCAGAAAUCGCUGAGAAGAUUGAAGAUGCCAAGGAGAGCCAGAGGACCGCUGGUGCAGCAUCUGAGGCCAUCCAUCAGACCCUUGCGGGAGCAUCCACUUCAUCUGCGUUCCCAGCUGAAAAUGGCGGCCCAUCCUCAUCUACUGCAAGUCAGAUUUCCGUGAGGCCAGCCGAUGCUGCAUCUUCAUCAAAAUCUGCUUCUGACAUUUCUCACCUUGUCCGCAAAAAGAGGAAACCAGACGAGGAGAGUCCAAAAAAGGACAGUGAUGCUAAAAAGACUAAACAGGAGACCUCAUUUAAUGGCAGCGGUGACUCCGCCCACAACGGCAAUGGAGUCCAGGAGAAAAUGGAGCAGGAGCCAGCCAGUUCUUCCUCUGUGGAGACAUCAGCGUGAUGAACAUCAUCUGAUUGACCACUUACCUUCCAACCAGCAGAGCAUGCCUGCCUCAUACUCUCCACGAACAACUUUUUGUCUUUGUUUUGUAAAUAAGUUCUUUUUGUCUGUCCAAUUUUUGUAUAAUUGUAGUAAACUUUCAAUAAAGGAUAUUUGCAUAUGUGAA